CCAAAGGCGGGCGUAUUUUUAUUUUGCCAUAUUCAUAUUCGAUAUUAAUAAAUCCUCGUUCCCGACAACUCGGCUGUGACCAUUCCUGCACUGAUACCAAAUCCGAUCGGCAUGAUUCGGCGAUUGUCUGGCCAGCCGGAUAAGUAAGACUUGAAGUCCACCCGGAGGAGGAGAAGUCAUGGGCUGUGCCAGCAGCACGCCCAUGGUUGCAACGGCGGGCAGCGAAAUGCUGAAAGCCGCCACCCAUGUCCGCGAGAAGGGCGAGGCCGUGGUCGAAGACGCCUCGGAAACACUGACCACCGGACUGGACACGGCCAAGGAGACCGUCGGCAGUGCCGUGGCGGGAAUUACCAAUGAGCUGGGCAAUGCCUUUAAGGAGGGUACUCAGGUCCUGGACGAGGCCAAGCACAAGGUGAUGGAGGGUCUGCACUUGGAGCAGCCGCAGGAGUCCAAGGAGGAGAAUGCCGAGGCGGAGAUGAGCUCUUCGCGUGCUCCAACUCCCAAAGUUGAGGCGGAUGCCGAUAGUCUAAAGACCUCCACCCCAGAGCCGGAGAUAGAGAGAGCUCUGGCCAACGAGGAGGAGGGCAGUCCGCCCAGUCCAAAGCCCUCUUUGGAGGAGAUGGCGCAACUCAGUGCCGAGGUCACUCAGGCGGCGGAAUCUACUCCACCCGCUGCUGCCCCGACCGAGGUCUCCGCCCCGGCUGUAGUUGACCCACCAGCUGCCACCGAAUCCUCCGCCCCCGUGGAAAAUCAUAAGAUACGUCGCAGAUUCGUGGACAUUAAGGACGAGGAGCAGCGGAGACCCAAUACCACCGAGUGGGAAAAGUUCGCCGAUCAGUUGGCCAAAAGCAAGAAGUUCAAGCCCUACGAGAGCUUCGCCCACAGCCAGAACAAGUUCUCAGUGUACCAGGACCACACGAGCCUCAGGGAUAAGCCCAACCACACCGAUGGACACUUCAGUGACGGGAACUCACUCUCCAGUGCCUCCGUAUCGGAUUUAUCUAGUGGUCACGUCACACCAGCUCCUACUCGCAAGGGUCACAGGGAGUUUGCCAAGUUCGUUGCCUCCGAACAGCCGGCCAGCGUCUCCCGAUCCAACUCGAGGCUCUCGAAUCCAGGUGCCUCCAGGGCCUUUGACUUUAAUCCGCAGCGUGAUCGCAUCACUCUUUCUAUGGUCACCAAUGGAAAUCGCAGCCGCAUCGGUUCCGGAAUCCAAAGAGCCCCCGUGGAGCGGAUAUCCGGUUGGGGCAGAGGCAGACCAUCUGCAGUGCCCGAGGUGCCUGGAUACGGCCGGAGAAUGAGCACGGGACUAAUCCAUCAACCUCUACGACCCGACAGGGAAAAAUUCGUACCCACAGGACGAAAUAGGGCGGUCCAGCCGAUCACUCCAGUCAAGAAGACUCCCAAAGUGACUUCCAGCCUAACUACUUCCAGAGAAUCUUCCUACUUGGAGCUGGAUAAAAGUUCAAAGAAUGUGUCCAAAUCAAAGCCGAAGGGAACAGUUCGUUCAAGAGAGCAUUCUUAUACGGACUUUGAUUCUUUACAAGUGGAGAAAACUACUGGUUCCCAUAAGCCUAAUAGGUUAUACGAGGAUACAGCUAGAAUAUCCAGGGAGUCUACCUUUACUGAUUUGAAUUCAACUAGAUCUGAUAAGGAACAUUCUGCGAAAAGAGAUCAUGUAAAUAUGUCAUCUAGAGAACACUCUUCUACUGAUUUAAGUUCUUCAAAAAAUGUGGAAAAGAAAAUGCUGCCAUCCAGAGAAGGCUCAUAUAUUGAUUUCGAUUCAAAGAAGAAAAUUAAAACUCCCGUGAAAAAUAUGCCAUCAAGAGAAUCAUCUCAGCUUGAAUUCCAUUCCCGAAAAGCGGAUAAGAGUCCUCUGAAAGUGGAAACUACUUUAGUAAAGCCAAUAUUGUCAACCGGAGAGUCAUCAUUCAUAGAUUUCGACAAUUCUAGAGUUAGUAGGACACCAAAGAAAACAUCGAAACCUGAAAGCAUAACUCAUGCAGAUCAUCUACCUCGGAGGUUACUGAGUGCCAGUCCAGAACCUGAAUCCUCCACAAACCAGAAUCUAUCCUCAAUGCCGCCAACACCUCAAAAGACAGAAGCCCCAGAAGCUGUGGCCUCCACCCCAAAGAUGCCAUCGCCAGAGACUUCGCGUGUUUCCAGCGCCAAGUCAACCGACAGCAGCAACUUGGACGUGGUCAUCCAGCCCAUGAGCAAGCUGACUACUCCGAGUAUCAAGUCUUACAGCCAGUCGCCGGAUCAACUGGUACUCGAGGGGUACGAGGACUCUGAUCUGGAGGCAGCUCUGGCCAGAUUAGAAAUCCUCAGAGGGUCAACGGCCACGUUACAAUCUCUGAGAUCCUGCAGCCCUGGCAAGCACACCUACACUGCUUCCCUUUUGAGUUCCCGGCGGACUUCUCCUUGGGUGAUGCGAAAGAACUAUGGAGGAUCCCUCGCUGGCAAGGAGAAUAAGCCAACAGCUUUGCCGGGAAGCUCCUCAAAUGUCACAAAACCCAACCCACAUCCCACACUCGAACGCUGCGAUAUUUGCUGUAAUGAGUUUGUUUUAAAAUAA